AUGAACGCCUGUAUCUUUCGCUUCUACAGCUUCUACUCCGGCACAUGCGAAACGGCACUGCAUGAGGCGGCCGAGCAAAUCGAGGGCAGCGCCUUUGAACAGCGUCUGGAGAUGGUCGUCAUGCAGAUAUUGGAUAAGGUCCAGUGGGAGAAACGCCCUUGGUUCGUCAUCACCGUCACCGGAUACGCGCGCUUUUUCAACGCCGACACUGAUGAGUGCGACAACUGCACGCUGGGUGUGUGGUCACAAGGCCCCAAACUUGAUCGAGUCCGUGUCCGCAAGCGCAUGAACGACCUGGUUCUCGCAGUCAACGAUAAACUGAGGAAGUCCAUAGACAACGUCAACUCCAGGUUCACGGUGCCCAAGGUGAUUUUUGUUGAUUAUGAUGCCAGAUUCGAUGGCCAUCGCUUCUGCGAGCCCAAUGUGACGGAGCCAGCUUACAACCGGACCGAGACGUGGUUCUUCUUGGUGGGUGGGAAGGACAACGAUCCGAACGUGACGGACCCCACCCCGGCUCCGAAUGCCACCAUCGCUGGCGCCGGUUCCGACUGCGCGUCCGCAAGGACGUUGUCAUCCCCAUCUCCUUUUGUAGACCCAGAUACCUGUCUGGGCCCUGCCGAAAGUUCCGGAGAUUGGGGUUUGCUUGCCAUCUGCUACAUGGCCAGGGCACAACAAGAAGAUCCAUCGCUACGAUUUGCCCGCGACGAUAUCAUAUCGCAAAACUCCAUGUGGUAUGUUCCUACAUAUUACGGCAAGACUUUCCAUCCGUGA